UCAACUUCAAUUUUUUUUUUUCUGAGAAAGAUUUCUUUCCAUUUGUUUUCAGAUUUGCAUAUCUCAUUUAUUUAUUUCUGUCAUUACUCAUGUUAGAUUAGUGUUGGUUGAAUGAAUUUAUUGCAUAUUGUUUCUUCUCUAUAUAUAUAUGAUGUGUGUGAAUUAUUUGUGACAUACUUCCUUUCAUUGUUCAUCCAAGUCUGAAGGUGAGUAGAAAUUUUAUUGAUUUUUUUGUUGUUGUGAUGGCUUGCUGCAGUUGUAGUGUUCAUUAUUCUGUUUUAAAGUUCUUAUUACAUGUUAUACACUCUACACUCUGUUUUAUUAAAUAAUGCAUAAUAUGUGUUUGAUAAAUAAUCUCUAAGAAGAAAACAAUUUGUUGGUCUUGCUUUGUUAAUAAGUCUCUAAUUUAUGUUUCCAAACUCUGUUAUUAUUAACAAAAAGAGAGCAGAUAGACACGAUUUUAGACAAAUAAAUUAUUGAUGCAAAAGGCAAAAUAAUGAUCAUGGUUUCAGCCUUAUAGUCUAAUCAUCCAGAUUAUGUGUUAAAAAGAUUAUGUGUUUCUAAGUUCUGAUUUGUUUAGCUUUUGGUUCUUGUUAGUUUAAAUGGCAUUAUAUCCUGUAUUUUGCUUUUGAGAAAUAAAAGGUUACUAUUAUUGCACAUAUGUUGCUUUGGUCUAUAAUAUAUAUACUGCAUUAUAAGUUUUUAUUAAGUAAAAGUUUUUUUUAUUUUCUAUGCUAAUUUGUGUAUAUAGUAUGGAUACACAUAAGAAGAAAGUUUUGGCGGUUCCCCCUUCAACUAAUGACAAAGCUAAUUGGAUGGAUCUUAAAACAACCGAAAUCUUCAUCAAAACAUGCUUUGAUCAAAUUACCAAGGGUGAAUGCGUCGGUACUUGUUUUACUAAGAAAGGGUGGAAAGGCAUUGUUUCCCAAUUCAAUGCUUUAACCGGAAGGAAUUAUGACAAGAAUAAAUUGAAGAAUAGGUAUGAUAAUUUGAGAAAGGAAUGGAGAGUAUGGUAUACCUUAUUUGGAAAAGUCACCAGAUUAGGGUGGAAUAGUGAGAAGAAUACCGUUGAUGCACCGGAUGAGUGGUGGGAGAACAAAGUAUUGGAAAAUCCUCUAUAUGGAAAAUUUAGAGACAAGGGACUUCCAUUUGCUAACGAACUAACCACACUUUUCAAGGAUGUAGUGGCUAAUGGAGAGUUUGCUUGGGCACCAUCAAGUGGCGUAUUACCACCUAAUGGGCACUUGGGUAACGAUGAUGAUGAUGAUGUGUAUCGCCCAUGCCUAAAGAAUCUUGGUUUGGAUGUGGAGGAAGGCUCGGGUGAUAGUGAAGAUGCAAGUGUUGGAGCAACAACCGAAUUUGGAAAUAUUAAUUUGAAUACUUCACAAGGAGCUGCUAGCCAAGUUAGUGGACAAAAGAGAAAGAGAGCUAGUAGUGUUGAAAAGAAAGGCAAGAAAAAAUUCACUCCCUCGGUCGAAAUAGCCGAGGCUGUUAAAGAGAUUGCGGAGACUUGCAAGUCACGAAAUGAUGCCACAUCCAAUGCUUCUAUUAGUGAAGUGAUGGCUGAAAUUCAAUCCAUGGAUGAAGUUGUGGGUGAUCUAGAAUUUCAUACAAUGUGUUGUCAACUAAUGAUGUUUAAGCCAGCGAGGGAGAUGUAUGUAUCAUUGCGAGGGUCUGAGGAGAGAAGGAUGAUUUGGCUUAAGUUUGCAGUAUUUAACCAUAUGCCAUUUAUGAAGAUGUAACUUAACGGGCUUAAGAAAUAACUUAUAUUAGGACUUGUUUAUGUGUUAGCACUUGCUUGUGUUUGGAUUAUGAUGUGUCUAGCUUAAGUCUUACUUAUGUAUUAGGACUUACUAAUGUGUUAGGAUUAUGAUGUGUCUAGCUUAAGUCUUACUUAUGUAUUAGGACUUACUAAUGUGUUAGGAUUUGCUUAUCUCUAGUUUAAGUCUUAUUUAUAUCUAUUCUGUAUUUUGGUUAACAAUGAAUGAAGUAGAUUUCCUGUUUUGCUGUUCAAUUU